UCUGCAUAAGAAAGCAGCUCCACCCUUGCUCGGGCUGCAGGAGCAGAGAGCAGCAGCAGCAGCAGGUCAGAUCCCGUCCUGAUUUGGAUCUAACUUCACCGAGCACCGACUGGACCGCCGUGCCUUUUCACCGCCCCAUCACCUCCCCCCCGCCACGGUCAUGCUCUCCGCGGGACUCUGCGUGUCUCUGCUGGCCGUGUCCUGCGCCCUGUGGCCGCCCGCUGUCCGGGCGGCUGCCUGCGAGCCGGUCCGGAUCCCGCUGUGCCGGUCCAUGCCGUGGAACAUGACCAAGAUGCCGAACCACCUCCACCACAGCACGCAGGACAACGCGGUGCUGGCCAUCGAGCAGUUCGAGGGGCUGCUGGGAACUGGAUGCAGUCCGGAUCUGCUCUUCUUCUUGUGUGCCAUGUACGCCCCGAUCUGCACCAUCGACUUCCAGCAUGAGCCCAUCAAGCCCUGCAAGGCGGUGUGUGAGCGGGCGAAGUCCGGCUGCGAGCCGGUGAUGAAGCGGUACAACCACAGCUGGCCCGACAGCCUGGCCUGCAGCGAGUUGCCGCUGUACGACCGCGGAGUGUGCAUCUCACCUGAGGCCAUUGUCAAGGCAGACGGACCAGACCCAUACCUUCAGGACCCCUCCAGGUGUAACCCAGAAUCCAGUCCAGACUUUCCAAUGGACCCCAACAACUUCCACUGCCAGGGACCAAAUGGAGAUCGCUGCAAGUGUAAGACGGUCAAAAUGGGACAGAAAACUUACGUGAACAACAACUAUAACUAUGUUAUCAGAGCGAGGGUGAGGGAGGUGAGAAAUCGUGGCCUGGAGCCCACGGCGGUGGUGGACGUGAAGGAGGUGCUCAAGUCCUCCCUGGUCAACAUUCCUAAGGAGACGCAGAUGCUCUACUACUCCUCGUCCUGCCUGUGUCCUCCUCUCACCGCUGGGGAGGAGUAUCUCAUCAUGGGCUACGAGAAUGAAGAAAGGUCCAGGUUGCUUCUGAUUGAUAGCUCCAUUGCGCAAAAGUGGAGGGACAAAAUGCGCAGGAAAGUCAAGAAAUGGGAUCAGGCCCUGCAGGCGUCCCCAGCACAUUCACGCCGAAGUCGCCACUGAGAUCUCACCCUCUAUCUGAAUGUGUGUGUUGGUGUGUGUGUGCGUGUGUGCGUGCGUGUGUGCAUGUGACUGUAUGGGUGUGUGUUUGUGUUGAUAUUGCACUAUAACAGGCUGUCGUAGCUGAAUGUAGUUCAUCUCUUCAUUUAUCAGACUGUUUGAAAUCAGAUUUUUUGCCUUGUCAUUUUCUUUGCACAGACAUUAUUCAGUGUGUUUUUGUCAUUGUGUCUCUGUAUGUAUGUGUGUGUAUAUAUAAAUAUAUAUAUAUAUAUAUAUAUAUACACACACACAAACGAGUGAAGAGGCGGAGCUUUAAAUAUGUUGGCAAAUGCAUGAUUUUUUUUUCUUCUUGUUUUCGGACCAAACGUUUUUCAAAGGCAGCCAUAUUGGCUCGAUCGCUCCCCUCCAGAUUCUGAUUUUAUGUAAUCCUGGAUGAGGCCCAGGUUACCAUGGUGAUUGGAAAGAAAACAUUAAGUGACAGCAAAGCCAUGUGGGUUUUCUCGUAAUGGAUCUGGAAUCACGAACUGGACUUCACUCAGCUUCAAGAUGAAAGAGCGUUUACCGACACGGAAACGAGAAGAUCUACUGUUGCCAAAGAUUUCUGGGUUCUGGAUCGGAAACCCUCCUUUUUAGUAGAUAAUAAACUUAAAUCAGCUGCUUACAAUGUGGUCAUGGUUCAUAUUGUUUAAUUUCAUGGGAAACCUUAAAGCUGAACAACCAGCUGCUCAGAAUUUACAAAAGCCCAGAAACUGACAACGAUACAGGCCCAGACGUAGUCUCAAACCCUGGACAGGGUGAGGCUGCGUAGAGUGUUUGGUUUUUAUUAGUUAGUUGUUGUUUUGUUUUGUUUUGUUCGUGAGUUCGACAUGCAAGACUCUGUGAAUUUUAAACAGAGACCAAUUCACAGGCAACUUCUUUCUGCGUGUUUUUUAACAGUUGCCUCAGGGUCGAAAAUCUGAAUCUGACUUUGAAGUUUGCACACUGCACAGACACAAAAUCUGACCAGGUAUUUUUGGUCUAGUUUCUAAUGCAAGUCUUAGUACACUUAAAGUAAAACAAAGGUAAAUUGCAAGAAACUUUUCUGCUAGAGCUGAGCUUUAUUUAGGUGAAAGAUUCCUUAAUAUUGACUCUAUGAGGCAUACUUUUUCAUAAGUUCCUUAUAAGUUAGUUCUCACCUGUUUCAGGUGUUUUUUUUGUUUUGUCUAAUUUCACUAGAAACCAGACCGAAAAUACUGUGCAAUAAAUUCAGUGUAAUAAAGAAUUUGGCUGGGCUAACCCAUCAGUGGUUUUCAACAAUUUUUAUUAAUUCCAAUUUCAUAACCCGUUUACACAGGAGUUUUUUUUUUUUUUUUUUACGUGAAACUUGUUGUCAGUUUAAAAAACAUCACCAUGCAUAUGGGAUCAUUUCCAGAAAUUAUUUUAUCCACACAGAAACAUUGGGAACAGCCCCAAGUGCUAAUUUUCACUCACUGGGCCUGUAAGUAAAGCUAAACAUGUAGCAUGUAGCAACGUUAGCAGUAAACAUGAGAAAAACGAGAAUUACGAAAAGCAAAAGCACGAGUGGAGUGUUUGGUCCAGAGUGAUGACGAGUUUGAGCUUCUUCUCUGUCACAUUGGACCACAAAACCAAUAAACUACAUCACAGCAUUGACUGAGAGUCACAGUGGUUGACGUCUUUGGGAUUAUUGAUCAAGUUACAGAUUGGGCUAAGUGCUUCAGUGUUUUCACAAAAGAGGCAUUUUUUGCUGCCCAUGUGAAUAAGCAAGAGCCAAAUUUUCACUCUGGACCUAAUUUCAGAAAAAGGUAUUUUAAGGUCUUCUAAUCCUGAGGCUUAGAUGUUGUUUUGUAACCUCCAGGAUGAGUCUGGCUGUAAAUCUCUCCUCUGAAGCUUCACUACAGCUCGAAAUCCUUAGAAAUGGCUGAGUGUCCCUCUGAUAUGCUGCUUUUUGAAAUCUUUCAUAUUGUCAAACGUUCUGUUUAGAUGAUUCAUUGAUCCUAAAGGACCAACUAUAAUGAGAAAUGGGAUGUGGUGGACAUCUAAUUAGUGAUUUAACGAGAGGGAGGCAGUUACCUUUUCCCACAGCAGGCACAGAUUAAUAAUCCCAAAAUUAUCUGUAGAGCUGGCAGAUUUACAUUUAAAAUGAUUUGUUCCAUGUGAAGUUAGCCUGGUUAAAACCAGCCUCUUGUUCUACGCUUCACUUCGUGCAGGAGGUGUGGACUCUCAGCUAUUGAGAAAUGACUGAUUCCUGGAGGCGUGGACGCUGUUGAAGUUUUAAAUUUUAUCCAGUUGCUAAAAUUUGGCAGUGAGGUAUGUAAUACGCCCAAAUUCAGACAACCUGAAUGUGUGUGUUACUACUACUUAUUUGUUGAUUUUGGGUCAAACUGAAACUGUUUUCAGAUCCAUAGUUUCGUUAGAUCAUGUGUACAGUUUCAAUUCUUCCAUAUCCUGUAUAUAGAUAUAUAGUUAUGUAUCCUGCAUACAUACAGGAUACAUAAUUCUUAUAUAUCCUGUAUGUAUGUAUAAGACCAGUUUUUGAAUUGUAUUCUAUAAUUUCUUUUGUGUGAUUGUAUGUGUAAAGUUGAAAGCAAAUGCAGAGAACCAAAUAAAAACAAUUUUAAGCAA